ACGACCCCUCUGCAGCCCCCUCUCGCACCGUCCGCGGUCCCUGGUGCGUGGUUCCGUAUAUAUAGUGGCCGCAGUGCGCCGACACUGCAUGCACUCCCCCAGUUCCUCCCUGCUGAGCACAAGUGAAGGAUUACGGGUGCCAUGAAGUCGUGUAUCCUGUGGUUGUGUGCGCUGGUGACAGUCGUUGUCGCUCAGGCGCCUCCAGACAAAGUGAUCCCCAUCAUCAGUCAGAACGAGGUCCGCAACCCGGAUGGCAGUUACCAGUGGAAUUACGAGACCGGCAAUGGCAUCAAAGCUGACGAGACAGGCACACUGAAGAAGGGGUCCAAGCCGGACGAGGGUGACUUCAUCGUCGCCCAGGGAUCGUUCUCGUACACGGGGCCCGACGGGACGGCAUACUCCGUGCAGUACCAGGCCGACGACGAGAACGGCUUCGUGCCCCAGGGCGCCCACUUCCCCACGCCCCCUCCCAUCCCCCCAGCGAUCCAGCGUGCCCUCGACUACCUGGCGACGCUGCCGUCGACGCCCGAACCCCGCCCGGGCAGGAGGCGCCGGUAAGGCAGAACCCCACUGCGCCGACGACGACGCUCGCCGGUACGGCAGCGACUCCAUCUAUCGGCCGACACAACCGACGACGGACACGCUCUACACAGAACAAGGAGAAUCAUGUCUGCUGCCAGUUGCUUGCGAUGAUCUUGUAAAUGCUAAUAAAAACUUUUCACAUUA